AUGGGUCGCACGGGCGCCAAGGUGAAGAAGGGCGGGCUGGGCAACGCCCUGCUGCGCACGCAGAAGAAGACGUCGGCCAUCAACACGAAGGACGUGGCGUCCAGCGCCGGCAAGCACGUGUCCGAGCGCGACGGCGGCGACGCGUCCGUGGCGCUGGCCUCGUACCUGGAAGGCUCGUCCCUGGACGACUUCCUGGCCAGCGCCGUGCUGGCCAACCGCGAGUUCACGGCCGUGAAGGAGAGCAUCGUGCUCAUGGAGGAGGCGGACGCCGGCCCGCAGCUCAUCGAGCGGGAGAAGCAUGUGAUGCCCGAGAUGACGUUCGCCGAGAUGAAGGUGCCUCGUCGUCCCCAGUGGACCACGUCCACGACGGCUGAAGAGCUCAACCGACUGGAGAAGGAGAGCUUCCUCGAGUGGCGUCGCGACAUUGCCCUGCUGGAGGCGUCGUCGGACCAUUUGGAGGUGACCCCGUUCGAAAAGAACCUGGAGGUGUGGCGUCAGCUGUGGCACGUCCGUGAGCGAAGUGACAUCAUGGUGCAGAUUGUGGACGCUCGCAACCCACUCUUCUAUCGCUCGACGGAUCUGGACGCGUACGCUAAGGAGGGCGAGACGCCCCGCCGUACGCUCUUGAUUGUGAACAAGUCCGACUUCCUCAGCGAGGGUCAGCGAACGGCCUGGGGAGAGCACUUCAAGGCUGAAAACAUUGACUACGUGUUCUUUUCGGCCAAGGAGGCUCAGGAUGAGAUUGACGAGGAGGCGAAGAAGUUGCGCCAAGAAGCGAGAAAUGCCGAGAGCCACGACGAGUACGACGAGGCGAAGCCCGCGGAUGCCCCGUCGCAGGUUGUGGACGACUCGGCUCCCACUAAGGAGGAGCGCAGCCCGUACCCUGUGCUUUCUCGUAUUGAACUGCUCGAGUACGUAACGAAGAUCGCCACGGAGGUGCUGGGCGAGGUUGGCGUGCGAGUGAAGGACAAGGGAUUGAUCAAAUUUGGUAUGGUCGGCUUCCCGAACGUCGGAAAGAGUUCCGUGAUCAACGCGCUGCUGGGUGCCUCGACGUAUUCACACAAGACCCAGCGUGUGGCUGUCGGUGCUACUCCCGGAAAGACCAAGCACUUCCAGACCAUGAUUCUGUCCGACAAGAUUAUGCUGUGUGACUGCCCUGGUCUCGUGUUCCCCAGCUUCGUGAACUCCAAGGCUGAGAUGUACUGCUGCGGUGUGCUCCCUCUUUCCCAGCUGCGUGACCACAUUUCGCCCUGCCAACUCCUAUGCCACCGUAUCCCGAAGCGUGUGUUCGAGCGUACUUACGGAAUCAAGAUCCCCACUUCGAAGACGGCAAAGGAAACGGACCCCGUUGGAAUCUACGCGCUCCUGGAGUCUUACGCUCGCAACCGCGGCUACACGACGACCGGUAAGGGUGGCCCCGACACCUCCCGCGCAGCACGUGACAUCCUCCGCCACUACGUGAAUGGCCGUCUGCUGUAUUGCCACCCGCCGCCGAACGUCUCGGACCCCAACAUCUUCGACAUUCACGUCCUGGCGAAGGCUCAAUUCCCCGACAUCGCGGAGCCUGCUGUCCCUGAAAUCACUGAAGACGACAACGCCAACGCCAACGACGAGACUAAAGCAGCUGCUGACGCGGACGCGGAGGAAGUCCUGGAGUUCGACACCACUGUUGAGGACAAGCAAGCAGUCAGCAAGCGUCUCAAGAAGCACGGCCGUAAGGGCCGCAAGGGCCGUGACAAAAACCCGUACGAGGACUCGGACCUGCCUGGUGGGUUUUCCGGUGUUCACAUUAACUCAGGUGGCAAGAAGAAGAACCGUAGAUCGUAA